AUGACCUCCUGGGCCCUCCUGCUCCUUGCCUCAGUGCUCCUGGCCACCCCGGGGCUGACCUUUUCUGGUUUGAACCCUGAGGACAAUGACUUGAUGACCGCUGACUUGAGUCAGGAAAAGGAGUUCUUAGAGAGCUUGGUCCUGGAGUCCCCCCAGGGUGACCAGCUGGCUAUCAGAUGCAAGAUUUGUAAGGUGACAAUCCAAGGUCUGAGAAAAGCCUUGGGAAAUGAUAUCACACAGGAAGCCAUCAAACAGGCUGCGUCCCUGGUGUGCAGGCAGCUAUUUCCACUGGAUGGUAUUUGCAAGGAUAUAAUCAAUAAAUUUCUUGAUAAGAUCACCCAGGGUAUCAUGAAUGGGAAAAGCGCCGAGGAAAUCUGUGUGAAACUCAGGAUGUGCAAACCUGAAAAAGGUCUCUGAGCCUCUGGGGUCUCUGACCCCACCCUGGGGAGAAGCACAGAGUCUCCCACAACCACCACCUGCUUCUGCCCUCCCAGAUCCAGAGCCGACCCUCCA